AUGGAAAUUCCAUUAAUUGCAGCAGCUAUUAAUGGUGACUUGACCUCAGUUCUAAGCAUUCUUAAAAGCAACAUCUGUGCCAAUGUAAAGGAUAGUGAUGGCAAUACAGCACUGAUUAAAGCAUCAUUUAAAGGAAACUUUGACAUUGUUAUAGCUUUAAUUCAAAAUGGUGCUGAUCCAAAAUUGUUUAAUAAAAGUGGUUUGACGGCUCUUAUGUGUGCAUCAUUUAGUGGACACUUGAAAACGGUGCAACUUCUUCUUGAACAUGGCUGUGAUUUCAAUGCUCAAUGCAACAGUGGUUGGACUUCAUUAAUGUUAGCCGCUAAAAGGGGAAAGCUAGAUGUUGUGAGAGUGUUGUGUAAAAAAGGAGCGGAAGUAAAUGCAGCAUGUGGUCAAGGUAGGACGGCACUUAUUUUUGCAGCUCUCAGUGGUCACACAAAAACAGUCAAGUUCUUACUAACACAAAACUGUGAUGCCAACAUGAAAAAUAAAAAUGGAUGCACUGCUCUCAUUUUUGCAGCUAGGAAAGGACAUUUCAGAGUUGUAAAAGUGUUAUGUAAGUCUCUUGUUGAUGUUGAUAUUAUUAGCAAUGCUGGCUGGACAGCACUUAUGUAUGCUACAAGUAAAGGUCAUUCCAAAGUUGUUAGGUGCUUACUGAAGCACAAAUGCUCAGUGAAUGCAAAAGGAUCUGAUGGUGAAACUGCUCUGAUGUUAGCAGCAAUUACCGCUAAAUUUGAUGUGGUUAAAACACUAUGUCAUUACAAAGCUGACAUUGAUGCAUGCAAUAAAGAAGGCAGGACAGCCCUCAUGUGUGCAGCAGAAAGUGGGGAUAGACAAAUUGUUGAGUAUUUAUUAUGUAACUCUAAUGUUUCUGCAGUGGAUAAGGACAACUGGACUCCACUUAUGUAUGCAACCAAAGCUAGGAAAAAUGAUAUUCUAAAAGUCUUUGUUAAGUAUAAGGCUGAUAUCAAUGCGGCCAGUACCUCUGGAUGGACAGCUCUCAUGAUUGCAGCAUUUGAUGGUUAUGUCACAACAGCACAGGAACUUCUUGAUCUCAAUUGUAACAUCGAUGCCACUGACAUUGAUGGUCUUACUGCUUUGAUGUGUGCAUCUUAUUCUGGGAAAACUGAACUUGUGGAAUUGUUGUGUCGCUGCGGGGCAGAUGUCAAAAUUGCUAGUAAACAAGGAUGGACUGCUUUGAUGUUAGCUGCUCAGUGUGGACACUGUGAAACAGUUCAGGCUUUGUUAGUUCAAGGAGCUGAUGUUCAUGCAAAGUGUAGCAAUGGAUUCACAGCACUCAUGUGGGCUGCCACGAUGGGACAUGUCCAAUCUGUGGAGCUAUUGCAUAACAAAGGAGGGGACAUUAACAUGAAAAAUGUCAGUGGAUACACCUCUCUCAUGUGGGCAUCCGAGGGUGGGCACAUGGCAGUAGUUGUGUACCUUCUACGGCUUGGCUGUGGUGUCAAUGUUCAAGAUAAUUAUGGAUGUACAGCGCUCAUGUGGGCAGCAAGAAAAGGUCGAAUAGAUAUUGUGAGAUUAUUAUGUCAGCAUGGGGCUGAUGUUAAUCUUUGCAGUACUAAUGGCUCCACCGCCUUUACUCUGGCUCAUAAAGGAGGGCACACUGUUGUGGUCGAAUUCCUCUGCCAGACAAUUAUGGAACGUGGAACAUUGGGGGCUUUUGCAUCUUCCAAAAACGGUAAAUUUUAUUUUCUAUUCUUAAAAAAUUGAGAAGCAGGGGUCACCUUAUUUAUUAAUUAGCGCUGAUUCAAAUGUGACAUACAAUUUGACUAACAUAAAUAAAUGAAAUUCACACUCAAUAAAUAGGUAUAGUACAAUGAAAUGUACUAUCUGGGAAUGUCAAUUUUUUAGUCAUACGAAUUUCACUCAAUAAUUGAACUGCAUUUCUCUAACAUGUGUGGAUUGGAAACACAAGAAAUGAAAUUUGUCCAGACACAAGGAAUAAAUUGAUUGCCAGCAAUUGGUAAAUUUGAAGAAAUUGUUCAAUGUUAAAAUACUUUCUCAAAUUUUUUCACUAUGUUUAUGAAGUGGCCAAGAUUGUUUUGACCUUGUAACUUUACAAUCAGUUUAGUGUUUAGGUUAAAAUUAGUUGUGAUAUAUCUGUAAUGUCCUGAUAUACUGGUACUGCAUAAUCAAAGUUAGUGAGAGCAGUUAAUGAAUAUGUACAAUUGUAAUAAAAACACAUUACCAUUUUUUUAAUCCAUGAAAGCAUCUUAUUUUAUUUAUACCCAGGUUCUUCUAAUUCAACAUUAGAAAGAAAUGACUCAAGAAACUACCCUUCACCCUUAGCACCUUCCAUGGUGU